GAUGUUGCGGUAAACCCGGUGAAUUUGUUGCAAAACAAAAAACGAUAAAAUUACAGGGGCAAGGGUUUCAUGGUUCAUUGAUUUCUUUAAGUAAACAUAAGAUUUUAUAAACACAGGUGUAUAUCUGGAUUACACACAACUGUGACGAUGUCAGGUCCCUAUCCCGGUCACUCCGAUGGAGCAUUCCCAGAAGUUUUCAACCUCCCGGCAAUGCCACCCCAACCAAAGGAGAAAAAACCUGGGCAACUUCCAGAAGAAGCCAUAAAACAAUUCUUUGAGGAUGGAUAUGUCGUUGUGAAGAAUUUUUUCUCGCCCGGUGAGCUGGAACCCUGUAAAAGAGCUUUAGAAAAACUUGUUGAUGAUGUGGCACAGCGACUCUACAAAGCAGGCAAAAUAUCAAGUUUGUAUGAGGAUUGCGAUCCAUUUCACGAGAGACUGCAGAAAAUGGACAAAGAAUGGCCCGGGGCAGCGAUUUUGGUGAUAAAAACUCAGGUGUUGCCACAGGCUCUGAAAAACAUUUGGACGAAUGAACGAUUGCUGAAUGUAGUUGAACAGAUUCUUGGACCAAAUAUAGCGGGAAAUUGUGUCUUCAACAUGCGCUCAAAACUCCCGCAACACGAACCAACGGUUGUCCCCUGGCAUCAAGAUAAUGCAUAUUUUGAUCACGAUGGAUACAAUCAGCUGAUAGCGACUGCGUGGAUCCCUUUUGUUGAUGCAAAUGAAAAGAAUGGUUGUCUGCAGUUUGCCCAUCGCGGGCAGAAGACUGGACGCAUGGCCGACCACACCUGCUGCUGGCAAGGAACCUGGUAUGUCAUGUUGGACGAAGAGGAAAUGGAAAAAUCACUGGAUAUUGACAUGGAAAAGGACGUUCGAUUGGUGGAGGUUCCAUAUGGUGGAAUGGUUUUAUUCAGCAAUGCAAUACCACAUCAAAGUUUACCGAAUGUAUCUGAUGAAAUUAGAUGGUCCAUGGAUCUCCGGUGGCAAAGUUCCAACAAACCUUCGGCAUUCCAUGGACUGAAAGACUCUGUACUGUUCCGAACAGAAAAGGAUCCCAAUCAUGUGGUCGACUGGAAGUCUUUUGAUUCCGUGAAUCGAACAGAAGUACAACUCAAAGCUGUAGAGGACAUCCGAGACGACACACCUGAGGAAGGGUUUGAUACACUGAUUUCUGGACCCUGGAUGAAACUCUGGGAGAUCACCAAUACUAACAGACACGUCGUUUUCUGACUUUGAUCAAUCACAUCGUUAUCAAUCUAACAUUGAUAUUUCUAAGGUGCUCAAUUUAAUUCGUAAAGAAAAGACAACAUCAUACCAAUAUCAUUUAUUCUUAAUUUGGAACUGUAUUUUUCUGGUAUUAUAUUGUCAUGUAAUGUUUUGUUUUAAAUAAAAUAUACAUUAUCUCAA